AUGUCGAGAUACCCCACCCGAUCCAUAGCAAGCGCUGGCAGCGAGUCCAUUCGGAGUAUACAGCGAACCCCUCCCGCCCGGGGAGACUGCUCCGCCAACCCUACAUCGUACAAGGCAGACGACGACACGGCGCUGCCGUCAAUGGAAUUCCACUCCCAUCACUCACAGCCCUCUAUUGCCCACCGCCGAACCGGGAGCACCUUGAAGACGGUCAUGCGCAAGAUCUUCAAUCGCAAAAGACAAAGCCAGGCCGAUGAACUGGAGGAGCACCCAUACGAAUCUACUUUUGCGGUGCCGCCCAUGCCACCGGUGCGGAGAGGUGGACAACCGAAAGGGAAAUCACCGUCGGCUGUUCCGCCGCCCUUGAAUUUGAAUUCACACCGCAGUCCACUCUCGGCGGAAAACCUCCAGAUCGCAGAUAAUCAUUUGUCUCCGCUGUCCCCUCUCUCCUCUGCAACACUUCGUGAUUCAGUUCCCGGUAGCAUGCCACGCCGAAGGCGGGCAACGCUUCCCAGUGUGGUCUUCUCAGAUGAUGACUCUCGGUUUGCCGUCGCGUCGGCAGUAUCUGAUCCGCAAGAGGAUAGGGGUUACAUGCCAGAGCGAAGACACAGCUUGCUCUCGCACCGCUUAUCAAGGAGCGCGGAUGGAUUGCGCGAAAUGACAAAUAACCUCCCAGAGACUCUGAGCUCUUGGAAACCCACACCAUCCGCCCCGGCGCGGCCAGCCUCGGUUGUUUCGCAGUCCCCGCCAUUAGAUGAAAGUUCUAAUAGUGAGCAGUCGAGGAGGCGGUCGUCGGGGACAACAGUAACGAGUGUGACGCGAAUGUCCGCCGCACCAUCUUUGGAAGUCGAGCAGCCUACAGAACAACCCAGCCUUCCAUCAAAUGUCGCAAAUCUAGUUAACACAAUGCACCAAGAUGACGGCGUCACUCUGGAACAACGGUUGACCACGCUCGAAGUGAAACUCAUCGACCUGGAAUUCGCCAUUGCGCGAAUGCAAACCAACGGGCCCGAGCCCACCGAGAAGCUAUCCCGCCCACGACAUCCGCCUUCAGCAGAAUCUUACCCCCCUCGCAGCAAACCAACUGCAUUCCUAUCCACCAGCGACCGCGACGAUUCCCCAAGCCCUCUCCCGACCAUACCCGCCCGCCCUUCCAGCACGAGCACAAUCCGCGCAGACACAAUGAACACGCGCACCCUUCGCCCCGUCCCAUCAGCCACAUCCCUGUCCGACUACCACGGCGUCUCAAUCGAGCAGUAUAGCACGCUAGUCACGCUCCUGCGCCGCGAACAAACAGCCCGCAGAAACUUAGAAACACAGGUCGGCGGUCUGCGCAAUGACAUCCGCGACCUGCAGCGUGCAGCACUCGAGUCCAUGCAGUCGGGCAUGGGAAUGGGCAUGAUGCAGCCUGCGAAUAUGGAAUCGCGGCAGUUCCUUCGCUUCCGUCGCGCGCUAGAUGACUCUAACAGUUCUCCCCCGUUGCGGUCGGAUGAUAAACACACAGGUAUUGCGGACAGCGACUCCGAUUGGGAUCGGUCGGAUAUAUACUCCCGUGAUGAUCCAUUCGGUCCUCCAAAGUGGGAGCGUCAGCGGGUAGUGACCGCUCCUAUGAUUUGA